GAGCGCGGACCGUGUGCACUGCCGUGACCGUUCACCUUGUAUUCGUAACAAAUGUGCACAUGUGAAAUCACAAACCGCGACGGUAUUUACAAUCAAAACAUCUCUGCACCGGACCUUUCAGUGACCAAACAGUGCCUAAUUCGAACCGCUAAUCAGUGCCGAUAAUCCUUUUUUAACUAUCAAAACGAUAAUUAACCUGUGCGAGAGUUUUAUUGACCUGCAACAAGUGUUUAACCUCUUUUAAACCGCAGUAUACCCGAUUUGUGAAUGAAAGUGAACCAACCACCCGAAUUAACAGCCAUAGUAAGUGCCAGUGGUUCAAAUAGUGCUAAAUUCUAGUUUGUUUUCAUAGAAGUUUUAAAAAGAUCCCGUCUGUAAACGGCCAUAUUGCAUACCACACGGAGAGAGACACAGUGCGGUUGUUAUGCGAGAUAGAGUGAGCACCUCGCGCUCUCCAGAGGCUGAACGACUUGCUACGCGGGGAGUGGAACUGAGGAAUGUUAGAGUUCUUCAUCUAACACACGUGCAUUGAUAUUAAAGAAAUGUUAUAAAAAAAACAUCGUUACUAUUAAUUGAUAAAUAAUGCGUCGGUAGUAAAACUAUAAAAAAAUGUGGCGAAUCAUAAAUUCUUUUUUACUCUUUGGUGCCAUACUUAUCGUAGGGGGUCGCACGCCCGGUCCGGGACCGGGAAGAACUUCUUUUGCCGCGGAACCAUUCUUCGGAUACUCGACUCAAAUGCAAUCGCGCGCCGUCGAUACUCGCGUUACUCUCGAAAUUCUGGAAGAACAACAACGAGGAAAGGCUGUCGGGAAGAUUCCAACGAAACCAGGAUUUACCUACCGAUUUAACGAACCACCGAAAGAGUUUACUCUGGAUGCGAACACGGGCGAAAUCAAAACAAACGUUAUUCUUGACAGGGAGAGCAUGAAAAAUGACAGGAUCGAUUUGGUAAUUUUAUCUAGUCAACCUACUUACCCUAUCGAAGUCAGAAUCGUUGUAGUGGAUAUAAACGAUAAUUCUCCAGAGUUUCCUGAGCCUAGUAUAGCAGUGUCGUUUUCUGAAAGCGCAGCUGCUGGGACUAGGUUGCUCCUAGAUUCGGCUACGGAUAGAGAUAUCGGAGUGAACAGUAUCAGCGAUAAUUAUACAAUCACAGCAGGAAAUAAGGACGAAAAAUUUAGACUAGUAGUUACUCCUAAUCCCACAGGAGAAACUUCCUAUCUACACCUAGAAACUACGGGAAAAUUGGACAGGGAAACUCAAGGUUAUUACGUUUUGAAUAUAUCAGCCAGGGACGGUGGUAAAAUUCCAAAAUACGGUUACCUACAAGUAAACGUAACCAUUUUAGAUGUAAAUGAUAAUCCGCCCAUAUUUGAUCACAGCGAUUAUAUUGUUUCUUUGAAUGAAAGCGUACCGCCUGGCACCCCAGUGUUACAAGUAAUGGCGACUGACAAUGACCUGGGGGAUAACUCAAAAAUAACUUAUUACCUCGCCGAUACCGAGCAUCAAUUCACCGUUGAUCCCGAGACAGGCGUAAUUUCAACAACGGAAAUUUUAGAAUGUCCACAGCAAAAUUGUAUUCAUCCAUCAAAACCCGGGGGUGCUUGUCCUAAAAGUUGCGUGUUUACGGUGUUCGCAAGGGAUCACGGUACGCCACGACAAGACGGCCGGACUUAUGUUACAGUGAAUUUGGUCGACGCUAACGAUCACGAUCCGAUUAUUAAAUUUAGAUACUUUCCUAGCACAGCGGGAUUUGCGACAGUGGAUGAAAAUGCGGGUAACGGUUCUGUGGUAGCUGCAGUGUCAGUCGUGGAUCAAGACGAAGGCCUUAAUGGAGAAACUACGGUAAGAAUUGUUUCUGGAAAUGAAUUAAACCAUUUUAGAUUAGAUUAUACUCCUAGUUUUGAUAUUGUGAGGGUAAACGGCGUGCUUGACAGGGAGGAAAUAUCCAAGUACAAUCUGACAGUCGUGGCAACUGAUAAAGGUUCACCACCACGCACGGCAACAGCUUUUUUAAUAAUCCACGUAAACGACGUAAACGAUCAUGAACCUGUAUUCGAGAAAAGUGAAUAUUCUGCCAUUCUCAGCGAGUUGGCGCCCCCGGGCACUUACGUAGCUGGAAUCACAGCCACGGACGAGGAUACCGGAGUCAACGCUCAAAUAUAUUACGCUUUUGUAUCUGGUAAUGAAAAUCAGUGGUUUUCUAUUAACGCUGACUCGGGGCUCAUAACUACACGUGCACCGCUAGACAGGGAAGUUCAAGGUACCGUCGAGUUGAAUAUAUCAGCGAGAGAUGGAGGGCCGAAUCCGAAAUGGGCGCACACUCAAUUAAAAGUCACAAUUUUAGACGAAAACGAUGAAGCCCCGGAAUUCUCGCAGUCUCGUAUUAACGUUAGUUUGUCUGAGAGCGCCCCACCUGGCACUCUAGUUGCAAUGUUAACUGCUUCGGAUCACGAUCAAGGGACGAACGGCAGCGUUGCCUACACUUUACAUCCAGCAGUCCGUCAAAGAUACGAAGACACUUUUGCUCUUGAUUCUCUCACCGGACAACUAAUCACAAAAAAGAAACUCGAUCGAGAAAAAAUCUCUAAUUACGAAAUUAACGUCAUCGCCAAAGAUCAAGGUAUACCCUCUCAAUCGUCUACAGCUACCGUGUUUCUAACAAUUUUAGAUGUAAAUGAUAACAACCCGGAAUUCUACCCACAAAAAUAUUUCUUAUCAAUAUCCGAAGACACCAAAUCCGGAAUAUCGCUGCUGAAAGUGACUGCCUCCGAUAAAGAUGACGGUGAAAAUGCGAUCAUAACGUACAAAUUAGAAAACGGCGGAGACGGUUUAUUUUCCGUCGACGAAUGGACCGGAAUUGUUACCCUGCAAGGCAGCUUAAAAAAUAUCCCGAAACCUUUGCACCGUUUAAAAAUUUCAGCGGUGGAUCAAGGCGAUAAAAAAGCAAUCGACGAUGCCACAGUCGAAAUAAUAAAAGAAGCCUACAUAGAAGAACUGCAUUUCGACAACUACGCCGGUUACGAUUUCCAAAUAGUCGAAGAUCCGAACGAUUUGCAAUCAUUCAAAAAACGGGACGUCGGCACCGUCCACGUACGAAACAACGAAGCGACUUACGCGAUUUUUUACGGCGAUCCCAAUCAUAAUUUCGAAAUCGAUGAAAACACCGGUAAAAUUGUGACGGCCAAGAAAAUAGAUCGAGAACAAACGAUGAGCUAUAGUUUAUCGGUCGUGGCGCGAGUCGGAUUGUCCUACGGUAAAACCACUGUAAAUAUUGUGGUACAAGAUUUAAACGACAAUAAACCGGUAUUCCUGCGCGACAAAGAAGAAAUUAAACUCCCCGAAAACGCCGCCGUGGGACAAGAAGUGUAUUUGGCUCGUGCAAGAGAUUUGGAUUCAGGCAUAAAUAGCAGGGUUACGUACAGUUUGAGUUAUAACCCUCACGAUCAAUUUAGGAUAUCCGAAGCCACCGGGGUCAUCUAUUUGAACAGGCCUGUACGUGCUGACCCGGGCGCUGUUUUGAACGUGGAAGUUACCGCUACGGAUGGAGGCGAGCAGCCACUAGCCUCCAAACACUCCGUAAUGAUUAUUAUCGAAGAUGUGAACGACCACACCCCCGUUUUUGAUCAUACGUCGUACGAGACUUCACUGUUAGAAUCCACACCAGUCAACGAGAGAUUCUUCGCAUUGGCUGCCAGUGACGCAGAUUUAGGGGCCAACGGUAGGAUUUCCUAUGCUAUUUCUGAGGGAAAUAACGAAAAUAAAUUCGGAGUUUUCCCAGAUGGAUAUUUAUAUGUCAAAAAACCGUUAGAUCGUGAAGAUAAAGACUAUUAUUCAUUGACUUUAACAGCAAGCGAUGCGGGAAAUCCAUCGCGAUCAUCGAUUGUGCCAGUAGUCAUCCACGUUAUCGAUGAAAACGAUAACAGUCCUGAAUUCACUAACAAUACCUUCAUAUUUAACAUUAGAGAAAACGAACCGCCCGAUUCAUUUGUUGGAAAACUGGCGGCGACUGAUAAGGACAUCGGCAGAAAUUCCGAGUUAAUAUUCUCCCUGUCAAAUUCGCAAAACGAUUUCGCGAUAGAUCCCAAAAACGGCUUCAUAAGAACGUUGCAUAUCUUCGACAGGGAGGAGCUCGUGCUGAACACGGGUCAGAAUGUCAUUACAUUAGAAGCGGCAGUGACAGAUAACGGAGUGCCUCGCCUCAAAGAUAAAGUUAAAGUUCACGUUAACGUGAUAGACGUGAACGAUAACCCGCCAAAAUUUUUGAGAACUCCCUAUAAGGUGCAAAUAUCCGAAGGCUCCUCUGUGGGAGCGCAAGUGCUUCGUCUGUAUACAACCGAUGCCGAUGAAGGCUUAAACGGCGAUGUAUUUUACAAAAUUGUCGGUGGCAACGAUGAUAGGCGUUUCGACAUUGAUGAAGCAACCGGGCAGAUAACUUUAUCGAAAUCAUUAGAUAGAGAGACGAAUUCGAAGUAUAAAUUAACGGUACUGGCGCACGAUGCUGGAUCGGGGAAGCGAUUAAGUUCAACGACGAUUGUUUCUGUUGAUAUUCUGGAUGAAAAUGAUAAUGCGCCGGAAUUUACGCAAAGCGAAUCGAGGAUUUCGGUGAGCGAAAUGACUCCUGUAAACACCGAGCUCAUACAGUUUAAAGCGACAGACGCCGAUCUUGGAGUGAACAGCGAAGUUGUUUAUUCGAUUACCGCUGGAAAUAGAAAAGACACUUUUCACAUCGACUCAAUGACAGGAGUACUGCAUUUGCAUAAACCGUUAGAUUUCGAGGAUUUGGCUUCCUAUCAGCUCAACAUUACAGCAUUCGAUAACGGCAAUCCGAGAUUAUCAACCACUAUUUUAUUCGCCAUUGCCGUCGAAGAUGCCAACGAUAAUCCUCCGUCGUUCCCCAGCACUGCUAUAGUCAGACAGAUUCGCGAAGGCAUCCCGAUUCACACCCCCAUCGUUACAGUGACGGCCGAUGACCCCGAUUCGGGUCUCAAUGGAAAAGUAUCUUACGCAAUAUCUUAUCAAGACCCAGAAGAUUAUAGAAGACAUUUCGGAAUAAAUACAAUUACAGGGGUUAUACAUACACUUCUACCGAUAGACAGAGAAACUAUUGAUACUUUCAGACUUACUGUAGUCGCUACGGACCAAGCAGUGCCGAUUCCAUCUCGAUUAUCAGCUGAUAAACUCGUUACUGUAAUCGUCGAAGAUGUUAACGAUAAUGCUCCGGUUUUCGUCUCGAUGAACGCUGCUAUUUUACCGAAAAUCGAUCACACUUUUAACCGGGAAGUGCCAAUUAUGAACGUAUUUGCUCGCGACCUGGACUCCGCCACUAACGGUCUGGUAACGUACGAAUUAGCCAGUGGUAACAGUGACUUAUUCAAAUUGGAUCAAAGUACGGGGGCGUUGAGGCUCCGCAAAGCCGUCUACGAUCCCGAACCGACUUAUCGUCUGAGCGUUAAAGCUACUGACGAGGCGGUGCAGAGUGAACGUAAAUCUACGGAAGCGUACUUGACUGUCAUAGCUACGAAUAACGCGAAAAACGGACCUGAAUUCGAGAGUAAUCUGUUUACCGGUAGUGUAUACGAAAACGAACCGACGGGUACUAGUAUCCUUAUGGUUUCAGCGAAAUCUAGUAUCGGGGAAGUUGAAUAUUAUGUGACGAAUGUGACAGGUGGUGGUAUACAAGUUGACAGGUUGUUCGACAUUGAUACCAAGUUGGGAGUUUUAUCGACUGCGACGGAAUUGGAUCGUGAAUUGGGAGUUGAUACAUACGAUAUAGAAGUGUAUGCUAUUGUCAAUGGUGCCGAUAGGAUUCAAACAUCAAAAACUAAGAUUAUUAUUUAUGUGGAAAUAGUUACUUCAGAAAGAUUUUUGAAAUAG